UCUCUGAAGAUAGGGUCUCUGCAUAGAGGUAGGGAUGAAUGAAACCUCAUCCUUUAUAGAGAUAGAAAGAAACAAUAUGAACUUGUUGUCAAAGAGGAGGGCAGUCUCCAGUUUUCCAUUUUGACUACUGAAAGUAUAGAGGCUUAUAAAAAAAAAACAUCAAAACAAUAUAAUUUAUGUUUAUAACGUGAGAUUGCAAAGGGGGUGGUAGUCGAGAAGACGAAAGGGGGAGUAGUCAGUGUGAGAACAGCUGUUGUACCGAAAUGAAGCACUCUUCAAAAUAAAAGACUCAAAAUAUUAUUUUUUCUCUAAAACUUUUAAAAGUUUAAUUUGAACAUGGCCAUGGGAAAAAGUUUUCGUGUGUUUGAGAGAGACAACAAUUCCGGUCCGUACAGUGUAAUAAUCGAACAGAGGUCGAAGGAAGGAUGCCUGCUCUUGGAGUCCGAUGCGAUUGUGUGCCUUUCAAAUAAAGAAAAGGAUGUAAUUAAAAGACAGUACAACAAGAUGCUUGACGCAUAUGGUUCAUUGGGCAUUUUACAGCUCAACGUGGGCACCGAUGUUGUUAGCUAUCUCAUAAUGAUUACAGGUUGUAUAUCACUGGGGAAAAUCGCAGAUACGGAAGUGUUCAGGAUAACUCAAACUUCAUUCCUUUCUCUGAGGAAGCAGCCUCAAGAUGAAGAGCACAUCUCAGAAGUAAAGAAACUACUUAAUUCUGGCACUUUUUAUUUCUCCUGGAAUUCAGCUGGAGACGCUCAGGAUAUCACUCUGUGUGCACAAAGAAGAGCGAAGACUAACGAAACGGAUAACAGGUUCUUUUGGAACCGUACCCUGCAUUUACCGUUCCUGAGAUUCGGUAUCGACCAGUCGGCCUGGCUGCAAAAAGUCAUGUGCGGUAGUGUUGAAAUCAGAACAGUGUACGUUGGUGCAAGGCAGGGGAAAGCUGUCAUGAUAUCUCGUUUGAGCAGUGAGAGGACUGGAACACGGUUUCACGUCAGGGGUGUAAAUGAUGAAGGACAUGUGGCUAAUUUCGUAGAAACAGAACAAGCUAUAAUUAUGGAAGAUUGUGUCGCAUCGUACGUCCAGACCCGAGGCUCUGUGCCAUUGUUCUGGGAACAAACAGGAGUUCAGGUUGGCCAGCACAAAGUUAAAAUGUCCAGAGGCCCAGAAUCAUCGAUUCACGCCUUCGAACGACACAUAUCCUCCAUCAAAGAAAGGUACGGCCAUCAGACUAUCGUGAAUCUCUUAGGUACUAGUCAUGUAGGUAGUAAAGAAAGUGAAGGUAUGCUGUCCAAUCUCUAUGUACAAGCACUUAAGUCCACUCAACACAAUGACAUAGAACAUAUUGUUUUUGAUUACCAUCAAGAAUGCAAAGGAGGAAAUACAAAAAAUCUCAACAAGCUGAAAGCCAAACUUGACACUUAUUUGAAAGCGUAUUCAAUAUUUUAUUCAAAAGGAGGUCAAGUGAUGCAAGAACAGGUUGGGACUAUACGAACAAACUGCCUGGACUGUCUAGACAGAACAAACUGUGUACAGACAUUCAUCGGGCUAGAAAUGUUGGGAAAACAACUGGAGAUGUUAGAUCUGAUAGAAAAACAACAGUCGGUCGCAAGGUUUGAAGAAGUAUUCAAACAGAUGUGGGUCUAUAAUGGUAAUGAAGUUAGUAAAAUUUACGCAGGGACUGGAGCCAUCCAAGGAGGGUCCAAAUUCAUGGACGGUGCCAGAUCUGCAGCUAGAACAAUUCAGAACAAUCUCUUAGACACAAGUAAACAAGAAGCCAUAGAUUUUUUGCUCUUGGGAAAAGCCCUUAACAGCAAUUUAACUGACAGAGCUAGAACACUAUUAGAUCCGAGCAUGAUCCAUUUGUCGACAAACAUUUUAACAGAUCUAUGCGACAAAUACGAAGACUACAUAAAAAAACGUAAAUUGAGAAUUGGAAUAGGAACAUACAAUGUAAACGGAGGUAAACAUUUUAGAAGUGUAGUAUACAAAGAUGUUUCUUUAGCAGACUGGCUGUUGGAUGCGUAUAAAGACACUCUAGAGGGUGAUACGCCUUGUGAUAUUUAUGCCAUAGGUUUUCAAGAACUUGUUGAUUUGAAUGCAAGCAACAUAAUGGCAGUUAGUUCAGAGAACGCAAAAUCUUGGGCUGAAGAGCUGCAAAAAAUAUUAUCAAGGGAUAGGCCGUAUAUACUCGUCACAUACAUACAACUUGUGGGUGUCUGCCUAUACCUGUUCAUCCAACCGUAUUUAGCCAAAUAUUUAAAGGAUGUAGCUGUGGAUUCUGUGAAGACGGGUUUUGGAGGUGCAACUGGCAAUAAAGGAGGUGUAGCUAUUAGAUGCACAGUGUACAACACUUCAAUUACAUUUGUUUGCGCUCAUUUUGCAGCUGGGCAGAGUCAAGUCAAUGAAAGAAACUCUGAUUACAAUGAAAUAACAAGAAAAAUAACUUUCCCUCUAGGUUCAAAUUUAAAGUCACAAGACUAUGUAAUAUGGUGCGGAGAUUUUAAUUAUAGAGUUGAUAUGGACAAAGACGAAUUGAAAGAGCAUUUAAAGGAGGGCAACUUAAGUCAGGUUCUUCAACAUGAUCAAUUGAGGGUACAAAAAGAAGCUGGCAAUGUGUUUAGAAACUACAGCGAAGGUGAAAUUACAUUCCACCCGACUUACAAAUAUGACCUGUUCUCUAAUGAUUACGACACAAGUGAAAAAUGUAGAGCACCAGCAUGGACUGACAGAGUUUUGUGGAAGAGAAGGUUUUUUGGUGAAGAAAAGCCCGACGAUUGGAACCCAGGUGUUAACGUUUAUUACGGUAGGGCAGAACUCAAACAAAGUGAUCACCGUCCAGUGAUAGCUGUACUCGACAUAGAAAUUUUCGAUGUCGAAGAAAGUCUAAGAGACAAUGUAUUUAAACAGGCUGUGAAAAAUACAGGUCCAUCUGAUGCGACAGUCAUAAUAAAUGUUGACGAUCAGAGCCUCAACUCAGAUGAGGAUUUUAAAAUGUCUCUCUUAGAAAAUAUGUCACAGUACGGUGAAGUAGUUAUAGUAAGACAAGUGGAAGAUAUGAUUUAUGUAGUAUUCAGAGAUAGCUUCAGUGCUUUAUUGGCAGCUCAAAGUGGAUCGACUCUGGUAAAUGGGCGCAAUUUCCAGGUACAGUUUACCUCUAAAGACUGGGAAAACAGAGUUCAGGAAGAACUCAGAUUAACUGACAACAACACUAUUGCAUUAUGCAAUUAUGUACCAGUGGCUAAGGCAUUACCACCGACGAGGCCUCCACAGCCAGUUAAGACACCGUUGGGAUCGCCGCUCCACUCGGCAUCACCAAGACGUCAGCAUCCUAAAUUCUUCUCUAGAGACUCGAGCGACUCCUUCGACGAUUAUAGAUCACAGCCUGCACCCUCAAUGCCCCCACCCCCUCUGCCCACGGUCCCUCCGCCACCUCCUUCAACCCCUUCAGCACCUUCUAUCGCUCCGCCUCCCGUCCCGCCACGUACCAACGUACCACCUCCUAUACCUUCACGCCCAAAAUGAAACUUUUUUUUCAACAAAAAUACGACUGAAUUUUAUCUGACAAUAGUUUUUCAGUUAAAACAAUUAACCUUUCUAUUUUCUUUUCUCCUUUCCAACAAAUCAAUCAGAACAUUCUAGCAGAUUGUAAUAGAUAUGGUAUUUAACCUUCAGUGUUGUGAAAUUGUUCAUUUUGUAGGGUGACUAUUUAAAACAAAAAUUAAUUAGAUAUAAGCUUAUCUUUUCCUUUCCCUGCUGGAUUACUAAACAUUCCAAAUAUUUUCGUUCCUUUAUGAAUCAGUAUCUUUAUUUUUGUUUACCAGCCAAUAAAUUAAUUUACUUUAUUGGAAGUAGGAGUGAUUUAAUAUUGUUUGUAAA